AGGAGCUGUCAGUUGCGGGGCCGGUGAGCAACUUGAGGGCGCUUGAACGGCGAGGAUUUAUUUUGCAACUUAAAACUGUAGAAAAGGAGUAAAAGCGACAGUCACAUGGCAUUGAGAAACUAAGGGCACUUGGCUGUGUUUUUUUUUUGGAAACGGCUGCGGUCUUCCCUGGACUGAGAUGGAGAACCAGGACGACUCGGCCUUGAAGGUACUGCGACAACAGCUGGAAACGUUUGAAGCGCUGCGUCUGCAGACCUUGAAGACCGUCUCUUCAGUCCAGUCAGAAAUUAAUGAAAUAUUGAGCAGUUCUGAGCCUGAGUGCAGAAGUGAUCGUGCUAGCCCUUCAAAUCCCUCAGGUUCAACUUCUCCAAGGAGGGAAUUGCAGACUGGAAGAAAUGUGCCAGAUUCACCACAAGGGGGCGCCGUGGGACCUCUGCAGACUGAUGUUGGGAGCAAUAUAACGCCCGUUCCGUCUUUAAAGAACAGCCUCAGCCAUGCGGUGACCUCAUCUCCAAGGGAGUCUUUCGUCAGCACUUUGUCUUUUAAAAUGGGAGGACAGGAAAUUAAGCGCGCCUCUAACGAAAACAAAUCACACAGACAAGAACCCUUACACUGCCUUGCUGAUGCUGGUAUGUAUCUGGAGAAUGGUGGAGGUCCCCAAAACCGACAUUCACCAGCUGCAUCCUCCACAGUGGGCAGAUAUCCCUUGUCCCAGGCUUCUCCAGACCGUAACCAGGACCUCUGGAGCACCCUGGAGAAAGUCAGCAUCGCCAGCGAGCUGAUGAAAGAGGAGAUGGAAAGGUCCCAGAGGCGGGAAUUAGCUUUGGCGCUUGAACUCGAGUACCUCAAACAAUCAAUGAGGCCUUCCUCCAAAGGACUGAGUGAUGAUGAGAUGAAUCACAGUCCAAGGGGAGCUUUUCAUCACGAAGGAGACCUGCCAAAUGCGUCAGGUCUUCCAUUAAACACGGAUGGUAAAUGCGAAAGGAUUGCGAAGUUAGAAAAAAUGGUAGAGAGACUACAGAAUGCCCAGGUUUCCCUGGAAGAAAAUAACCUGAAUCUCAGGAGGCCGAUCAGAGGAGGCAGUGAACACCAGAUACCUGCAGAUUCCAAUUGCACUCACCCGCACGCUACCCAGGACACAACACAUACAGGACAAGGAAUGGCUGAUAAUAGAAACCUCAUUCCCAAGGCCAGCCAGAUGCAAACAGCACAGUUCUGUGUUUCUGAAAAUGGUUUGGAAACACAAAGAGAGGGCCCAGGCAGUGAGGCCAAAGGUGAUCGGAAGGAGACCAAAGUCCUUGUAAGGGAAAGUGAAAUGCCUGUGAUGAUGAACUCCUUGCAAAGUGAUAAAUCAGAAAAAGAGGCUGAAGACAUGUCGGUGCUGAAGGGCCUUGAAAUUGUAAGGCCUCGUGAGCCCUCCGAAGAGCAGAAUCUGGCAGAUGCGGACCAAGUCACUCGUCUCGAGAAGGAAAAGCAGGAGAUUGAAAAAAAGUUCAAGACGAUGGAGGAAUAUAGUAAACAAUGUGUUAAGGAACUGAAGAAACUCUUGCGAAAAUAUGAAGACCUGAAAACCCGUAACAGAGCUCUUGAUGGCCAGAACAAGCAGCUCUUGUCAGAAAAACAGAUGUUAAUUAGCUUCCUUGACGCAGUGAAAGAGGAGAAACAGAGAGCUCACGACAACACGCUCAGCAUUUUGAAGGAGAACGACAAUAUCAAAGACUUGCUGGACAAGGCGAAUCAAAGCUUUGCUCAGCUGAGAGGCGAGAAACAGCAGCUGCAAGGCAAGGUGGCUCUUUUGGCGAGUGAAGUGAGUCACCUGACAGAAGCGCUUGGAACCAGUAAACUGGAAAUCCAGAGACUUGAAGGGAAGGGCACUCUGCUUCAGCUGAUACAGGAGGUCCACGAGGAGAGGCCCAGUGCUGAUCUGGCUCUCCAGGAUCCUGACAAUGUGAGAAGGAUCCUGCAGAAGGAGGUGGGGCAGCUGGUUUCCCAAAAACAAGCAACCGAGAAAAAGCUCCAAGAUGAUAUCCAGACAGUCCAGGCAGAAAGAGUCCUGAGCAGUGUGAGCAAAGAGUGCGAGGUGCUAUCUGUUGUGGUGGCCCAGCUGAGGGAGGACAAUCACGUCCUGAAGCAGGAGCUCGAGCAGAGCGCUCACCAGAGCCUGCUCCUCGAGGGCACCGUCAAGGGACUGAAGGAAGAGCGAACGCUGUUGGAGAACUGUCUCUUCACCGUGCAAAGCGAGAAGGAAAUCCUGCAGCUGGAAGUUCGAAAGCUCCAUCGGGAUUACCUUGAUCUCAGCAGCACCGUCGCCGUUCAGCUGGGGAACAGAAGCCUGGAUGUGUCCAGCAGUUCUCUGGGCUUAAAAGAUUUAUCUGAUGCUAAAGAUGGUGACUCCAUACAUGAUGGCCCAAGAGAGAAACUGCAAAUCGAUCUGAUAAGGAAGCGGUUUGAGGAAGGAGAGCUGAGAAGAGAACAGAGAUCUAAAAGUACUGGGGGUCGGUGUGACCUGAGGCUGGAGAGAGGCCAGGCAGACAAGGAUCCGAGCAUCACGUAGCCCCUUGUCAAAUCGCCACCAGCAGGAAUGAAGAAACUCGACCAAACAGGCUCUUUUCAAGAUGUCAGAUGAGCUAAAUGAAGCGGCGUGCUCUUAAGGCACCAAACAUUAUUUUAUUUUCCAGCAGCAAACUACAGAAAUAAAAAUAUGUGCUUUUUUUAGUGAC